UUGGUUAAAUUUAUACUACAUAAAAUCGGUCUGCCAGUCAACGUUGAAACGUUCACUGUCUUACUACGUGUUGUGCCGAUAUCCGAACAUGAGAUAGCGGAGAGACCCUGACUUUUACACCAUCUGCUCUCGAAACACUUCAGAACACUCCUUGCGAUAUUGCCUCUUCUAACGCCUUUUCUCCCCUGAGAUCCAUUUCCUUUGUACCUUUCUAGAGUGCUGGUACACCAGUCAACAGAUUGUCAUGGAGACUACUCUUGCUCAUCGACCUUGGGAGCCCGCUACCACGGGACCGCAAACCCCUCCAGUGUCGUCUACUCAGACUCUCCCGUCUAUCUCGACCUUGACAGCAAGUAUGGCCGGUGGCAUGCCUACUCAGGCCGAGAAGUCACCGGGAAAUGCCUCUUUAAAUACGAUAGAGCGUGAUUCGGGGAAUUGGUCCAUGCCUCAGAGUACCAGGUCGUCUACCUACUCAACCACGACAAAUGCGACAGGCAACUAUCCCUCUCUCUCCUUCCUCACAUCCCAACCUUCUCCCAAUCGCGCAUCCUACGUCUCGGAUCGGUCCCCUUACCCCAACGACCACUCUAACACCAACACGCCUUCAUCUGCGGGAGCGCAGCCUUCUCCGAAUUUCGGCUCGACUCAGCCGAACACCACCCUACCUUCGAUCAACCAGAACUACGAUGCGCCUUCUCAACGAGGCAGUAUGGUGGAGCCCCCUGAGUCUCGACGGAGCAGUGUGGAUAGCAGGAUGAACCAAGGAAUCAGCUCGCUUGCUAUUAACCCCGCAUCUCCUUACCAUAGCACGAAUGCUUCGCAAACGUCGAUUGUUUCGGGUCUUCAACGAGAGCGCGGUAUCUCCAUGGACGUGAAUAUGAACAAUUCCUAUCGCGGCCCUCGAUACUCUGGGGGCCAACCACUCUCCCCACUUGGCCCGCGGGCUAGCGAACAUCGCGGAUUUGCAGCUGGUCGCACUGCACCUGCCAUCUCAUCGAAUCCUCGCUCCGAGAUCUACAAUGCGGAGGCACCUACCGCUGGUCUUGCAUACGCUUUCCCCGAUCCCGACGUUGCGCGAUCCAACUCUGUCUCUUCUACCACCGAGAAGUCAACCAAUCAAUUCUCCCGCAAAGGAAGUACAGCUGAGUCGCUUGCCAGUAGCGUCUUCUCUGAUGCACGGUUGCCUCGUGGACAGCAUGAACUCCCUCAAAAUGUGCAUCACCAUUCCUUACAGCACAAACAAGUCCGCGGUCUCAUUGGAGAAGCAGACGCACAUAGCGGUAGCACGCCUUACAGCAGGACCCCCGAGCUGAGAGUAACACACAAGUUGGCGGAGCGUAAGCGCCGCAGUGAGAUGAAGGAUUGCUUCGAAGCUUUACGUGUCCGCCUCCCACAAAGUCAGAACAAUAAAUCGAGUAAAUGGGAGACUCUCACAAGAGCUAUUGAAUACAUCUCACAUCUUGAGAAGAUGGUUACUACUACUCGCAGAGAAAAUGACGUGUUGAGGAGCGAACUUGACGAGAUGCGCGCGCAACUCAGUCAGCAGCAAGCCAAUGGCCAAUCUCGACAGCCGUCGAUCUUCGAGCAUCAUCCCAUAACAGCGCCGCAGCCAAAUGGGCAAGUGCAUGGCGCUAUGUUUUCCGGUUAUGCUCCUGGAACUGCGAUGCCACAAGAGCAACCGCGAACGCUUCCUCCUCUCAUGAACGGGACGGUUGCUCCAAUGCAAGGCGUGCAAUACACCGACGAACGGCGGUAGCUAAUCGAGGGCCACCGAUCGUUUCACCCAUGAUAUAGCCCAUGAUGAAUGCAUUGGUGACGGUUGCUUUACUUGACACGGUCCACAUCACCCCGCGCUCUAGACGUGAUAUCCGACUUCU